AUGGGAGGAGGAGACCACAACAAAAUCGACUUCGACGAAGACAAAAGAAUGAAAUUCGAGACGUCGAAAGAGGUGAACAUCACCUCCACGUUCGAUGGUAUGGGGAUAAGAGAAGAUUUACUGAGAGGGUUGUACGCGUACGGGUUCGAAAAACCAUCCGCGAUUCAGCAAAGAGCGGUUUUGCCAAUCACGAGCGGGAGAGAUGUCAUCGCGCAAGCGCAAUCGGGCACCGGGAAAACGAGCAUGAUUUCCUUGUCCUUGUGUCAAAUGGUCGAUAUAACGCAAAGAGAAGUGCAAGCUUUGGUGUUAUCCCCGACGAGAGAAUUAGCGGUACAAACCGAGAAAACAGCGUUGGCGCUCGGGAAUUACAUGAACGUUCAAGUGCACGCGUGCAUUGGUGGACGUUCUAUAGGCGAAGACAUUCGAAAAUUAGACUACGGCGUGCACAUAGUUUCCGGGACGCCGGGGAGAGUCUUCGAUAUGAUUAAAAGACGCAACUUGAGAACGAAGAAUAUUAAAACGUUGAUUCUCGAUGAAGCCGACGAGAUGUUAAACAAGGGAUUCAAAGAGCAAAUAUAUGACAUAUAUCGAUACCUCCCGCCGGAGACGCAAGUCGUUUUAAUAUCUGCGACGCUUCCGAAUGAAGUUUUAGACAUGACGUCAAAGUUCAUGACGGAUCCGAUUCGAAUUUUAGUCAAGAGAGAUGAGUUGACGUUAGAAGGUAUCAAGCAAUUCUUCGUCGCGGUAGAAAAGGAGGAGUGGAAGUUUGAUACGCUGUGCGAUUUGUACGAUACUUUGACCAUCACGCAGGCGGUUAUAUUUGUAAACACGAAGAAAAAAGUAGAUUGGUUGACGGAAAAGAUGCGAAAGAAUAAUUUUACGGUGUCGUCUAUGCAUGGCGACAUGCCGCAAAAAGAGAGAGAAGCCAUCAUGGCGGAGUUUAGAGGUGGAACGACGAGAGUAUUAAUCACCACGGACGUUUGGGCCAGAGGUAUCGACGUCCAACAGGUCUCUUUGGUCAUAAACUACGAUUUGCCAAACAACCGGGAAAACUACAUCCACAGAAUCGGUCGUUCCGGGAGAUACGGCAGAAAAGGCGUGGCGAUUACAUUCUUGAAAGCGGAAGACACGCAGGCGCUGAGAGACAUCGAGCAGUUUUACUCGACGCAAAUCGAUGAAAUGCCCGUGAAUGUAGCUGAUUUGAUUUAA